AUGGAUGUCGAAAGACGAGUAACUGGGUCACUCCUGUGUCUUCUGGAAACGUCAUACAAUGACGUAUUAUGCAUACUGUACGACAGAAAUCGCAGCGCGGACGAAAGUGCCCCCGUGAUGCUCUGUACGACAGAAAAAAUUACAUAUAUACCGUACAUCUAUCCCCAAGUUCAGCAGCAGCAAAUUAAUCGUAUAGAAGAAUUGGUAAGCAAUCUUGGCAAAAUCGCAAAUUCCACGGAUUACAACAAUCAAAAUCCGCCCGUGAUUUUUGGACCAGAGGUUGUGGAUUUUUCGAAAAUGGAUGUCAACGAGUUGGUUUCUUUUUCCAGCAAAUUGAACGCCGGAUUAUUCAGAAAUUAUGUCACCAGCGAGCCAGAACAUGGAGGAGUCUCAUCAGGAAUUAAUAAUCGCAUGAACAUUAAUGCCAUCAUCAAUGAUGAGGAUAAUUGA